CUUCAUCCUCAUGCAGCAUAUAACAGCUUCUUUUUGAAGCGUGCGAUGAAAUAAUAGCUCAACAGAGAAAAGUCUGCUAGCUCAUAGACACACCACCCUCUCCGUUGCUAAGCACUGCAUACCGUCAUCAGAGUGCUUUAGAGGCGAAUAGCUGCCAAUGAUGAUAGCCUGAGCUUUUAUUCUUUCACACACGCACAAGGUGAGGUCUACAAGUCCCCCCUUUCUUGUGUAAGGUACCUAUUUGUAAGGGUUCCUUAGGUACUUAGGUAUGGAUUGGAUUGGAAGUUUGCAUGCACUGCUUUAUUGUUCUGGCAGGUAGUUUAAAUCGUCCAGCGCACAAACAUCAAAAAGACAUCCAAGUCUCAACAUAAAGCCUACAUGUCAACCAAACUACCGCAAAAUAACCAAAUAUCUCUCUUUCUUAUUAGUUUCACUUGGGACGGGCAAUCUUAUCUUGAUAAUCUCAAGAUCUUCCUCUCCUCCCCCUCCUUCUCCUUCGUCUGCAUUCUCUCCUCCCUCACCGUCGAUAAAUGUUCCACCAUGAAAAACAAGCUGCAAGCUAACGACAAUUCUCAGGGCGAAAAGUCUCUUGAAGACACGCCCUUUGUGCGUCGUUCUACUCGUCUGGCUUCCAAGCCUCCUCAGCAAACCACUACAGAAGCCACAAUGAGUGGUCCCAGGAGAAACCCGAAGCGCAAGGCCAGCGAGGCGACAAACGAGUUGAACCAUCGCCUAGAUUCUGAACAACUUCUUGAUGAAGCCUUAGCUCCUCUGUCACUAAAGGAUGUCGAAGAGUGGGAAGGGUGGGUAGAGCUUGAGUCAGAACCAGCCUUCUUCAACAUCAUUCUUCGAGACUUGGGAGUUUGCAAUGUUAAAGCGCAGGAGAUCUUCACCAUUGACCAAGAUUCACUCACAUUUCUACCACAGCCGGUAUACGGGUUGAUCUUUCUGUUUCAGUAUCUACCUGGUUUCGAGGAGGAGAGCGAGGAACAAGAUGCAACAGGUGUGUGGUUUGCGAAUCAGACCACAAGCAAUGCAUGUGCGACUGUGGCCAUGCUAAACAUUGUUAUGAACGCCGAAGGAAUCGACCUUGGUGAAAAGCUCCGAGCCUUCAAGGAGUCUACCAGGGAUCUCAAUACUGCUCUGCGAGGUCAUCAAAUCAGCAAAAAUAACUUCAUACGCACGAUACACAAUUCUUUCACACGCCGUAUGGACCAUCUCAGCGCUGAUCUAUGUCUGGAGAACGAAGCGUCAGACGCAAAAACCAGCACGAGUAAGAGGCGCACAGUGGGAAAGAAAGGGAAGAAGGCACCUCCACGAAAAAAGAAGUCCAAUACAGAGUACGGAUAUCAUUUUAUUGCAUAUGUUCCCGCGGGUGGUUAUGUGUGGGAGUUAGAUGGGCUCCAGUAUAAGCCUCGUAGGCUGGAUCACGUUCCCGAUACUGGUGAUUGGACAAGUGUGGCAAGACCACAGAUUCAAGGCCGAAUGCUUCAAUAUGAAGAGAGUCAGCUCUCCUUCAACCUUCUAGCUCUGUGUCAGAGCCCGCUCACUGCCUACUCCCAAACUAUUGCCCAGGCCGCUGCAUCUCUCCGGUACCUACACGAGAACACCGAAUCUCUUCCCGCAUUCAAGGACCUCAUCUCUGCCGAGGAAGCUCCCUUGGACAUUGAAGACGACUCGCGACUGUCCGAUUUUAACCUCACCAAAGCAGAUAUCAUAAAGACACACGUUCUAGACACUCUACAGGAAAAGCUUAAGCGACCGAGUUUCGACACUCAGAGUGCUUACGAGCUUCACCAAGAGCUUGUGGUCGACGUCAAAGCUGCCAUGGGCGAAUACCGCUCAGAAUUGAUGGCUAUCUCCGAUAACGAGCAGCGAGUAAAAGGCCGAAAAAAGGACUACGGACCUGCCCUACACAAGUGGAUGAAAAAGCUUGCCGAGAAGGGUGUUUUGGAAGAAGUAAUCAAGGCGACAUGAUAUGAUUCAAAGUUGUAUUGGAGUCACAAAGAGCUUAGAGUGCUUAGAACAUACGUAGUACCUGAAGAGUCUGCUUACUCAUGCUAUUGAAACCAAUUAUAUUGAAGCAAUACUCUGC